AUGGAUGAAUGCAACAACAAUAGAGGAGAGUUUCAACUUCAUUCUUCAUCAUCAAGAUCAAUUCAACAACAACAUUCACCUUCAUUUCGAAGACGAGAAAUCAAAAGUAGUAGUAAUGUACCUCUUUCUUGGAUUGGAAGCAACCGGUUAGUAUUAUGGCUUUUCUUGAUUACCCUUUGGGCUUAUCUUGGUUUUUUUGUUCAAUCUAAGUGGGAUGAUUAUGAUAAGCAACAAGAAAUUAAAGGGUUUGAUUUUCAUCUUAGUAAUCAUCAAGAUUUUGUUGUCAAAAAGAGCUCUUUAUUUGAUCAUAAUGAAAAAGUUGUUGUUUUGGCCAAGAAAGAAGAAAAGGGUAAAAGUACUUCAAGGAAAAGGAAAAGUAGAAGAUCUUUGAGAAGUGAGGUUAAAGAUAAGCAGAAGAGAAAAUUGAAAGUUGAAAAGGAGUUGGAGAGGUUUUCUCUUGUGGGUCCAUUUGGGUUAUUAGAGGAUAGGAUAUUGAAAUUGAGUACUAAUAAUAAUGACAAGUGUUGUGGAAAAUGUGACAAGAAAAGUGAUUUUGCAAAAGCUGUUUUUUCAAAGAGAUUUGUGUUGAUAUUUCAUGAGCUUUCUAUGACUGGUGCGCCACUUUCGAUGAUGGAAUUGGCAACUGAGUUGAUGAGGUGUAAAGCGAAUGUUUCGGCUGUUGUUCUUAGUAAAAAAGGUGGUUUGAUGGAAGAGCUUAUUAGGAGGAAAAUUAAGGUGGUUGAUGAUAAAGUUGAUCAUAGCUUCAAAGCUGCAAUGAGUGCUGAUCUUGUCAUUGCUGGAUCAGCUGUUUGUUCUUCAUGGAUUGAACAAUAUAUUGAGUAUUUUCCUGCUGCUGCAAACCAAGUUGUUUGGUGGAUUAUGGAAAACCGAAGAGAGUACUUCGACCGAUCAAAACACGUCUUGAACAAAGUGAAGACGUUGGUUUUUCUUUCCGAAUCACAAUCCAAGAAAUGGCGAAAAUGGUGCGAAGAAGAAACAAUAAGACUCAAAUUCCAGCCUGCAAUUGUUCCACUGUCUGUUAAUGAUGAACUUGCUUUCGCAGCCGGUAUUCAUUCCUCGAGCACUUCCGCGAAAAUCGACGAGAAGAGGAAGCUCUUGCGCGAAUCGGUACGAAGAGAAAUAGGUUUGAACGAUAACGAUAUGCUUGUGAUAUCUCUAAGUAGCAUCAAUCCUGGAAAGGGUCAGCUACUGUUUCUCGAAUCAGCAAACAAAAUCGUAGAAAAUGAAUCAUCGCAAAAUUCAUCGGAAGUUACUUGGGAUAGAAGGCAUCAUAUUAGAAAAUUGUUACCAAUGUCGAGCAACGGAAAAAUGAAACAAUCUCUGAAAAUCAUGAUUGGUUCUGUUGGAUCAAAGAGUAACAAGGUGAAAUAUGUUAAGAGUAUCGCAAGUUUCUUGUCGCAACAUUCGAAUUUAUCGAAGAAUGUUUUGUGGACUCCGGCUACUACAUAUGUUGCCUCACUUUACUCUGCUGCUGAUGUUUAUGUCAUAAACUCUCAGGGAUUGGGAGAAACUUUCGGACGCGUGACAAUCGAAGCAAUGGCAUUUGGUCUUGCGGUGUUAGGAACAGAUGCUGGAGGAACAAAGGAGAUUGUGGAGCAUGGUGUGAGUGGUCUUCAUCAUCCUAUUGGACGCAAAGGGAAUGAUGUUCUUGCAGAAAAUCUAAGGUUUUUACUUGAAAACAAAUUUGCAAGAGAGAAAAUGGGAAUGAAUGGAAGAAAGAAAGUGCAAAGAAUGUAUAUGAAGCAACAUAUGUAUAGAAAAUUUGUAGAGGUUCUUGUGAGGUGCAUGAGAAGCAAAUAA